UAUAAUUAACAAAAAAAAAAAAACCCCAAAAGCAAAAACAGAUUCUGAAAAUGAAAUGAUACGCCAUUUUUAGAAGGGGUUGUAGCAGACUAAAACUUGAUCUUCUGCUACUGCCUACUCGUACUCGAUAUACCUAACCUUAUGAUCCAAAACGACAAAACCCUUUUUCCUCAAUUCUUAUACAUCGUAUCAUAGUUUUAUUUAAGGUCCAACAUUUUCUCACUUUGAAAAUACCCUAAAUUUUAUAGGGUUUUGAUCUUUUUAUUUCAAUCUAAACCUCGAAGAAGAAUCUUGAGGUGGGUUUGGGUAUAAAUCAAUCCAAAAUCAAAUUUGAAGAUUUUUCAUUUUAAGUUCAAAUUUUUUACUAGAAACAGGUGAAAUUUUCAAAGGAGAGAGAGUUAUUGAAAGAAGGAAUUUUGAAGAAAAAAUGGCAGUUGUUGAAAAUACCGUGACAGUUGAUAUGGGUUCUGAAACUGGGUCAUUAAAUUGGAGCUCCGAAUCGAAAAGGGUUGAAGAAGAUGAACAUAAAGUGAAGGAAUCCAACAACAAUGAUGAGAAUCAUAACAGAGAAAUGAGGGAAUUAGAAGAAAUGUUGUCUAAACUUAAUCCAAGUGCUCAAGAAUUUGUUCCUCAUCAAUUUCGUGGUCCUUAUGUACCCAACUUUUUUCCUUAUCCCAUGGAUGAUUUUUCAUCUCCAUUAAGAAAUUUUGGUAAUCAUCAGAAUCAGAAUCAGUUUAUGAGAAAGAAGAGUAAUUAUGGUCAAGGAAAGAAAAAGAAUGGUAGAACUAGUAUGGCUCAAAGGGAAGAGGUUAUUAGGAGAACUGUUUAUGUUUCUGAUAUUGAUCAACAGGUGACUGAGGAGCAGCUGGCAUCUCUUUUCAUAAAUUAUGGACAGGUGGUUGACUGCCGGGUAUGCGGUGAUCCAAAUUCCGUGCUCCGAUUUGCAUUUGUUGAGUUUACUGAUGAAGAAGGGGCACAGGCUGCUUUAAGUCUGUCAGGAACAAUGCUUGGGUUCUAUCCUAUCAAAGUGCUUCCUUCUAAGACUGCCAUUGCUCCUGUAAACCCUACUUUUCUGCCUCAGAAUGAUGAUGAACGAGAAAUGUGUGCUAGAACUGUUUACUGUGCUAACAUUGAUAAGAAGGUUUCUCAUGCUGAAAUCAAAAUGUUUUUUGAGUCGGUGUGUGGAGAGGUUCAACAACUAAGGAUGCUUGGAGAUCAUCACCAUUCAACUCGUAUUGCCUUUGUGGAGUUUGUAAUGGCUGAAAGUGCUAUUGCAGCUCUUAAUUGCAGUGGUAUGUUGUUGAGAUCCACCGCAAUAAGGGUGAGCCCAUCGAAGACGCCAGUUCGCCCCCGUUUUGCUAAGAAACAUAUGCACUGAUUCAUCCAUGUUCGUUCGAGUAAAAAAAAGAAUGCUUUUUGUAUAUUUUGGACAUACAUGAUGGCUAAUUAGUCCUCUACUUCUGGUAUUUCUGCCUUUCUAAGCCUGAAUCAUUCUCUUCUGGAACUAUCAUUACAUUCUGGAUAAACUUUUGACACAUAGAGUUGGAUGAAACUUUGAGGAUCUGCAAGAUUGUAUAUUAUGCACAACACAAUGAGGAUGCAACUGGUUUUGACUUGACAUUACUGCUUAGUACCAAGUUAUGAUUACCCUUUUAUGGUAACAGCUAUUGAGGAUGUUCUCCCUCUCCCCUUGAGUAAUUCUGAUGGGUUUUACGUUUAUGUUUCGGUAUUUAUGCUGUCGUGGAUUCGUAGAUUGUGAAGAACUUUGAUGUUUUUUUAUAGAGAUCAUCUGCUGCGCUUUCUUGGCAAUUUUAAGUA